GCAACCCUGUACUGACUGCAAUGUCACCCUGACCGAACAGCCGGUAAACUAAAACCAGGAAGUUUGUUGUUGCAAUGAUAAUACAUUUCUGUUUACAUUUUUUCAUAGGAAACAAAAUUCUAAUAAAACAAUCAAUGUGAUUAUUGAGUAUUAUUUUUCGAAAAUUCAAAAGAAGAAUCAUUCAAAGACGUUUACGUUUUGUUUUUAUUUCUCAAAUUCCAAAAUUCACUAAUUUAUUUGAAGAAAAUAAGCUUUGGUGCGCGGUUCAGUUGCAGUGACCAGAACACCGUGCUAACCACACCACAGCAACGGAACGUAUUUGCGAAUAAAUUGGGCUUAGUUGCGCAUAAUAUGAAAAACAACGUCUAAAGUUCAAUUGGCUGAAAAUAAAACUUUUGGUGUAUUAUGGGUGGACAAUCGAAGUUGAGUCAAGUGUUCAGCUAUGAAUCUUGGAUACAUGCCGUGUCUGGAGCAGCGGGUGGCUGCAUUGCGAUGAGCACUUUCUAUCCACUUGACACGGUGCGGUCGCGUUUACAACUUGAGGAUCCAGAAAAGAUUAGAGAAGCGCGUAGUACAGUUCAAGUUAUUAAAGAGAUAAUUACACGUGAAGGUUUUCCAGCCCUCUAUCGUGGCCUGGGUCCAGUUCUUCAAAGCCUUUGUAUAUCCAAUUUUGUUUAUUUCUACACAUUUCACAGCUUAAAAGCUCUGACUGCCAAUAACAGCCAACAGUCUGCUUUGAAAGAUCUUUUACUGGGCUCAAUCGCCGGUGUUUUAAAUGUAUUUUGUACCACUCCUUUUUGGGUGGUUAACACACGUGUACGUAUGCGUAAUGUGGCCGGAACUUCAGACGACGUUAAUAAACAUUAUAAAAAUUUGAUAAGUGGCAUCUUAUACGUCGCUAAGACAGAAGGCUUCCGUGGUUUAUGGUCCGGCACCAUACCAUCUCUAAUAUUGGUAUCUAACCCAGCAUUACAAUUCAUGAUGUACGAACUACUAAAGCGUAAUCUAAUGAAAUUCACCGGCUCUGAAAUAUCGAGCUUAGGAUAUUUUUUGAUAGGAGCACUCGCCAAAGCAUUUGCCACAGUACUCACCUAUCCGUUGCAACUUGUACAGACAAAGCAACGACAUCGUGCCAAUACUACACAAGCUAAUAAGCCGUCGACAUCGAUCAAUCCUAUUCCAAAUGAUGCUAAUAUGAUGGAAAUAAUGCUGAGUAUAAUACAGCAUUAUGGUUUUAGAGGACUAUUUCGUGGUUUGGAAGCAAAAAUAUUGCAAACUGUGUUAACAGCAGCACUCAUGUUUAUGGUUUAUGAGAAUAUUACAUCAACUGUUGGAAUUUUGUUAAAGAAACGAUCUUAAAUGUAAGGCAACAAAUUAGCUUGUUUUUUGUGCAACGAAAAAUAUUAUAUGAUUGAAGAGCGUAUGAGCACACAUUUUGUUUAAAUAGUUAGUAUAUAAAGUGAUCUUGACUAUAA